GUGAAAUUGUUUGACACGUACAGUUUAAUUUUGAUUUAAACUGCUUACAUUUUGGGACACGUUAAUUUUUUUAAGGGCAAGUGAAAUUUGAGAAUUACUUGCCCGGCAGGAAAUUUUAGGAUAUAGCCAGCCCUGCAUAAGAGAUGUUUGGAUACAUGGCUUAGUUGUGAAAAAACCCACACACUGUGGUGUUUCCACCAUGCAAGAGCCAUUUAACCCAGUCAAGUCCUCUGCCUUAUAUCUUGUUGGUACAUCCUCCAUUAUUUGAAUAUUAGUUUUAUUUCCACCCUCGAUUUUUGUGACGAAAACAUCACGAAGAAAGAGUCCAGUGCAGUCUUCUUCAAUUUCUUCAGUGAAAUAAAGAACAAAACAAGCAGCACCCAUGAAAGCAAUAAAGAAGAAGUUAUCAUCAGUCAUGUCUAAGAAAGGAAAAGAAAAUAAUGAAUUUCCUCAUGACUUUGAUAAAGAGGAAAUGGCCAUUGAGAAGUUUCCUGACACGCUUGAAGGCUUUGGAUAUAUGUUUGAUGAACAAGGUUUCCUUAAGCACAAAGAGACUAAAGAAGGUUACCAGUUCAAUGCAAAGCAUAAUGAUCACACUUACAACCAGAUGAGAUAUGAAGCAAUGGGAGAGAUGAUCACAGACUAUGUCUACAAACUGAUGGAAGAGGACACCAAACUGAAGAGGAUGUAUAUUCCUGUUGAUGCACCUGCUGAAGAACCCCGAAGCUUCAUCUUCCUGAGUGAAAAUGCAAAAACUGCCGACAAGUUACUUGUUCUGAUACAUGGCUCGGGGGCAGUCCGGGCUGGACAGUGGUCAAGGAAGUUGAUCAUUAAUGACUGUCUUAACAGUGGCACCCAGCUUCCCUUUAUCCGUCGAGGAAUUGAAGAGGGAUAUGGUAUUAUUGUGAUGAACCCAAACUUUAAUCACCUGUCCAUUGAUGGGAAGAAAAUACCUAUACGGGAAAAUAAGAGCCCAGAAGAGCAUGGCGUCUAUGUGUGGAAACACUUUGUAUCGAAGUCUGAAGCACAGAAAAUUGCAAUUGUGGCACACAGCUUUGGAGGAGUUGUAACAUUGGAUAUGAUAAAGAAAUUCACUGAAGACUUCGUAAGCAGAGUAUUUGCCAUUGCCUUCACAGACUCUGUUCAUUCUGUCGGCCGGUUUACUAAAGAGAAAGACGUGAUAAACACACUUCUAGUACAUAGGGCCAUGAACUUUGUCUCCAGUUAUGAUCCAAUCAACACACGUCUACAGUGUAAUCGAAAUGAAUGUCCGUGUGUAUCUGCAGGAACUGCGCAGCACGAAAGAACCUCAUGGUCCAGUUUUGACUUGGUAUUUGAAUUUAUCAAGAAAAAACUUGAUGAAUGGCAGAAUCCCAGUAAGGCUUCAGAUGGUCUGACAUUACAGACAGAAGAAUGUGAAGAAGCGCUUUCUCUGAACGAUGACAAGCCAGACAAAAAGCAAGAUAACUGUGUGGAAAGUACUACCCCAUCUAAAGAAUCGGGAAAAGAAGCUGGAGGCCCAGAGGUCAGAUUCAAAACAAAGACAGAUGACACAUCAGUGCCAGAAGAAAAUAAAAACUCUGCAAAUUCAAACCAGAAAUAUGGUAAUGAAGAGAAGGAAGAAAAAGAAGACACUGACCAUGGUUGUACAGCCAGAGAUAAGAAAGAUGAUGUAGUGAGGAGGUCUCAAGAAAUGGAGGAACGUGCAGAGAAAGAUGCAAAAAUGUCAAACAGUAAUUCUGAAUGCAAGGGUAUUCCAGAAAUAAUUGUGGUCGAUACUUCAAAAGAAACUGUGAGAGACAGUGAUGUUAAGGAAAACAGAAAUGAAAACAGCGACCCUUUGGAGGAUACAAAAGAGAAAAAUGAGAGUCUUCAAGAUGCAAAAGAUGAUGAAAUAAGAAAGAAGCAAAACAAAAAAAGAGAGUCUUCAAAGGAUGUAAAAAAUGGUUAAAUGGUUAAAUUAAAAAAGAGGAAAUUGAAAAAGGAGAAGCUUCGGAAAAUCCAAAAGACAAUGAAAUAAAAGAGAAUGAUGAAAAGAGAGCAGCUCGACUGGAAACAAUAUUGUGAACAAAAAUAUUCCAUGGCAUUUCAUUAUGCACAUUAAUUUAUAUAGCUUAUUCAGAUAAUCAUGGAUGUGACUUUGUGACUUCUAUAAUUUCUUUUCUAACUAUCUUUCAUACUUCAGUCACUGUAAGUAAAUGUAGUGACUUAAAAAUGUUUCCUUAAAAGUAUCUUUCAAUUCUUUCCAGAUAGCCGUUUUUUAGCUCGGCUGGUCCGAAGGGUCAUGGGAGUGUAUUCCAUGGCAUAGCAUCGGGUGUUCAUUAACUUUUCAUAUUUUCGACUUUUUCUUAAGUUCCACCAGGCAGAUUUCAACUAAAAGUGUUUUUACUUUUCAGACUGAUUUGAAAUCCAACAUGGCCACCCUGGCAGAGACAUUUUUAACUUCUUCUCAAAUUCCUCCAAUCAGAUUUCAACAAAUGAUCCAAUCAUGGAUCUGACCAAGUGUUAUUAUUUUUUGGCCUGAAUCAGUAUCGAAUAUGGCCACCCUGGUCUCUGAUUGGCUGUGGCAGUUUAGACAUCUCUUCCAUCAAUCAGAUUUCAACCAAACUUGGUACAAUGAUCCUCUCAUGACUGACCAACACCAGUUUACAACUUCAUUUAUUCCCUAAUUAUGUCACAGGUGAAAUUAGAAUUCACAAAAUGUCAAGGCAUAUGCUUCGAUAAAAGUGGAUCAUUUAUUGGUUCUGGCUACAAAAGAUACAUAAUAUUAUGCAUUUGACCAUUUGUUAUGAUGUCAGAUUAAUGUCACUAAAUGAUCAUCAGUGAUAAAUAAUUAUUUCUGUAGUUCACUUUUUAGAGAUGUAGUUUAAUACCAAGUGAGCAAUUCAGGCACCAUGAGCUUCUUCUUUUUUUGAUGGGGUGUCACUCAACAGCUAUUAAUUUUUGUGGAAACACUACUAUUGAUACAAAACUACAAUGUGCCGAUUUCAUAUGUCUGGGUUAUCAUUGGGUUUUGGAAACAUAUGGGUUAAACCUAGGUUAAACCCUGGGUCAUGUUUUCUGUGCAUUUCACAUGUCUGGUUUUCAAUAACCCUAGUUUAACACUGGGUUACAAUUGUAUUGCUUGUUUAAACCUGCCCUUGAGGUGGUUUUUCGCUGGCUUUGCUCAAAGUAACUUUUUUUCAUGGAUAAUUUCAGCAGCAAAAUCGUGUUUUAACGUCAGUAUCGUAGAGCUAUGAAACGUUAACGUAUUUUUAGAGACCAUUUUCACCCACUAUAGUAAUAGAUAAAGAGUGGGGUGUCACCCCCCACCUUUUUUUUUAUAGACGAGAUGCCCUUUUUCCUGGGUUUUUUUUUUUUUUUUUUUUUACCACGACUAUAAUUAGAUGCACCCCUUCACAAUUAUUCACCAUGUUUGUGGCAAACGAACAACAAAGCGCCUGAGAUAUAUAGAGUUAUUAUCAAAUUUAUGUACUAAGUGAAAUAAUUUUUAGUUGUCACAAGCUUCAGUGAGUGUUUGUUUCAUCUUAAUAAAGGUAAAAAAAAAAGAAGCGAGAUAGGCCUACAGGUUUAAACAUUUGACAAAAAGUUUUCUUGGUGCCCUCAGGCGUAUGGCUCAUUUUUGCCCGAAUUAAAGUGAAAUGCCCGAUUCUGGGUAACAACGUUUAUUGAUAUUAUUACCAACAGCUAUGUAGGGUUCUGUACGCAUUUUACAUGGAUUAUAACUAAUAUUGUGAGUAAAAUGAUGGAAAUACAUGGUGAAACAUUUUUAGGCCUGGUCAUUUUGUCCAAACAUCUCCAUCAUGUUUGCCCAAAUACGAAGGUUAUCCCCAGACUGUGGUAGUAGGAGGUAGCUGAUCCCCCAUCUGGUACGCGACGGCUAAUAAAUACUGUUAACAAGUUUCAACUACAAAGUGAUUGACGAGUAAGCUAUCCCUCGCUUAUGUCCCUUUUCAGAUCUGCGGGUAACCCAUGCAAAAAGCAUAGUUUUUUAAACACAGGUAAAACACACACGUGAAAUGCACCACAGGUGUAGGUCUUGGUCAAGUUUUUCUGCGUUUUACGUAAACCAAUGUUAAACCUAAGUUUUCAUAUAACCCGGUGUUAUGAAACCCAGGCAUAUGAAAUUGGCCAGAUUACAAGAGGUGGGUGUUCUUGAAACAUGCAUGCUUGAUUUAUUUAAUCAGGUGGAAUUGUGGUAUUAUGUCAACAACAGGUAAUGAAAGAAUUAUUCUUAAACAAAUAGCAAUGUUGGCUCUAAUUUAAUUACCAAAGAACCUUAAAUACCUUCCCUGUACAUGUUCAUAUUGGUAUCUCAGUGUGUACAUGUAAUUUUUAUAAAUAUCAGUUUACAUCAUAUUUAAAUACUUAGCAUAUAGCUUAUUCAUCAUAAGUAUUCAUAAUUUAACACUAACCGUAAAAAGAAAUAAAACAUCCUAAUCUCCACAUUUUAUAAGUGCAUUGUGUAUUAACAAAACAAAAGAAUUAUAUUAUGUUUUAUUAUUUUUAUGUACACAACCCAUGUUUUACCCUUGGCAUGUGUUGUUCUAAUUGUAAACAAGGGGCUGGCAAUAAAACUUGUAAAAAAGAAAAAAAAAAGAAGAAAAAAAAAAGAAGUAGAAAAUGUUAUAUAUCAGUAUAAUUUUUUGUUAGAGAUACAUGGUAUAACUGGUAUACCACAAUAAGUUUUGAACAAUAUGUAUUGCAUGGGGCUUUCAAAAAUGACUUUCAUUGAUGAAGAUGUGUGCAGUAUGUGUUCACGUUUCUUUACAUUCUGUAUAUUCAUGGCAAUGGUCUUGAAAAGGUAAUUCCAAGACUAGUGGAACUCUAGGACAAUUAUCAUGUUUGUAUUUAUUGUUCUGGUCUAAGUUGUCCAUCUCGCCUACAUGUACUUGUGUUUUUUAAAUGUGUCUAUUCAUAGCUACGGUGUUGGAUUUUUUUAAUAAUAAAUUAUGUAGUUGUCUAGUAAUGAAAUGUAUAUAAAUUCCAAUUGAACUUUCUCAGCAAACCCAUUGGCUUUUCCUGUCCCAUCCAGUGCUCCAUGACAGGUGGUAUGUGCUGUCCUGUCUGUCUGUCUGUCAGGGGCCACAUUUAUUUGAAUUUGUUGCAUAAUAUUCUGAUCUCUUUGUUGUUCUCCAGUGCCUAUAUCCAAAUCACUUUGCUAGUGAAAGUGAUGCCACUAGCAAAUACACAGGUAUACUUUUAUGUACAUAUUUGUAUAUGCAUUGACAUAAAAUAUCCAACAUUUAUAAAAACAACCAAAAAAACAAAACAAAAAAACACACUUGUUUUAGUUUUGACUUGGACUUACCCUGAGUACAGUUUCUAUGAUGUUAAUGGUCAUCCAAAACACAUUUGUUCAGCUACUGAAUGAUCUAGUUGUCCAGUUCUGCAUCCAUUUGUCUUUAUUCUACUUCUCAAUCAGUUAAUCAGGUGGACUAUUUUUUUCAAUGAAAUUGAAUAUGACAUUUCCUUGGACCAGCAUAUCCCAAGUUUAUACAGCAUUUUAGUUUUGUGACAUUUAAUUCAGUAGAUCCAUCAAGAUAAAAUACCUCAUCUUCAUUAUUUCCUUCAAUUACGUCAUGGAUGGGAUCUAGCUCAUUUGGUGGAGUGUUCACCUGAGGUGCUUGCAUUGUAGAAUCAAAUCACCUCUGUGGAUCCAUUCUCUCCUCUUUUUUUUCCUUGUAGCAACCAAGGUUUUGGUAUGUGUUGUCUUGUCUGUAGGAAAGUGCAUAUAAA